AUGACGAGACGCUGCUCGCCGCCGCUGGCUCCUCUUGCCCUGCUUCUCCUCCUCUGCUUCUCCUACGGCGCGGCGGCCGCUCGCCCCCUCCCCGCCAACACUGCUCCUCACCAAGGUAUCGCUGUGGCGAGAGCAAAGGCGGCAGAUGCUGCAACAACGGACGGCCUAGUGUCGCUCAAGGAGGAAGGUGGCAAGGCCCGCAAUGGCGGCGAGGCGGUGUCACCACCUGAGGCGACGGCGGAGGGGAUGGAGGUGGAGGCGGAGGAGGAGGCGUGCGAGGAGGGGAACGAGGGGGAGGAGUGCAUGCAGAGGAGGCUGCUCCACGACGCGCACCUGGACUACAUCUACACGCAGCACAAGGGCAGGCCAUGA